UGCAGCGUUCCUUGAACCGACUCGGAUUGAAUAAUUUUCAGGUUUGAGAGAGGAGAGAGUGGUAGGGAAGAAGAAGAAGAAGGAGAGAGAUGUCGGGUAUGGGGGACGGGUACGUGGGCACGGCCCAAGACGCCGUGAGGAUCCGAAGGCUGGAGAAGCAAAGAGAAGCUGAGCGCCAGAAAAUCCAAGAGCUCAAGACCAAGUCUGCCUCCGAUAAAGGCCAGCCCGGCCUCCUCCAAUUCGGCUCAAGUACUUCUGAGAUUCUUGAGACGGCGUUUAAGAAAGAGACUGUUGGUUUGGUCACCAGGGAGCAAUACGUCGAGAAGAGAGUAAAUAUUCGGAACAAAAUCGAGGAGGAAGAGAAGGAAAAGCUUCAGAAGCUUCAACAGGAAGAGGAGGCAUUUCAGUUACAGAAGCGUAAGAAGAGGAAGGUCAAGGGGAUUAAUCGAUUGUCCUUUGCCGAUGACAUUGAGGAUGGAAGUGAAGAGGAAGAUGGAGAAAAUAAAAGUACAGAGACUACAAGGUUAUGGUCUGGUAGAUUUGGCAAAGAUCCUACUGUGGAAACUAGCUUUCUGCCAGAUAGUGAGCGGGAGGCAGAGGAACAAGCUGAGCGUGAAAGGUUGCGAAAACAGUGGUUUCUUGAGCAGGAGAAGAUACGAAAUGAGCCACUUCAAAUUACUUACAGUUACUGGGAUGGAGCAGGGCAUAGGCGGACGAUCCAGGUUCGAAAGGGGGAUAAAAUAGGAGAUUUUCUUCGCUCUGUUCAACAGCAACUAGCACCUGAGUUUCGAGAAGUUCGAACCACCUCAGUGGAGAAUUUGCUAUAUGUAAAAGAAGAUCUUAUCAUUCCACAUCAGCAUAGUUUCUAUGAGCUAAUUGUAAACAAGGCAAGGGGCAAAAGUGGACCGCUUUUUCAUUUUGAUGUGCAUGAGGAUGUGCGAACUAUUGCUGAUGCUACGAUAGAGAAGGAUGAGUCUCAUGCUGGGAAGGUCGUUGAGAGGCAUUGGUAUGACAAGAAUAAGCAUAUUUUCCCUGCUUCUAGAUGGGAGAUAUAUGAUCCAACGAAGAAAUGGGAGCGUUACACCAUCCAUGGGGACUGAUUUCAUAAUGGCAACACGGGAUACAAGGCAUUGCACAACUUCAUUGGUUGUUGGGCUCAACUUUUGCACCCAAAUUUUUGUAUAAAUUAGACCAUCAACUUGUUAUACUGGGGGAUCGUAUGGGGUUGUAGCUCAGUAACUGCAUUUCCUUGAUUUUUUUAACUCGCUGAUCAAGCAAUGCGAGACCAAGGUUUUUCUUUAGCUGAUUGUAGACUUACAUCUUAUGUGCAAUGGAAUCUAUAAUGAGCAUCAA